AUGGGACAGUCUUCCUCUACGGCUCGAGAUCCUCCCGACACCAUCUACCCGGAUUACUUGGCACCUCACUCGAUACAGCGCGGCCACAGUGCAAGGAAUGAAGAUAUGAACAAUCGACCACCAGUUGAACAGAACGGGCAGGCCGGAUCCUCAAGUAGAGAGGGGAUGUCUCACUCUAAUGGGCAAGAAACAGGCUCAGGUGAAGCGAAUGACCCUACGGAGACCUGGCAACAACCUACUCUAUACUCCGGAGGAAGUCCACAUCAGAUGCGCAGUAUCGAGGAAGAAGGAAACGCCGAAAUAGAAGAUGACGAUGAUCGAGCUUACCGUUCCGCGGCCAUUGCUCGGAUGCCAAGAAGAGACGCCUGCAGAGGGCCAUGCACACCGCCAUGGACUAGUCUCGAGAACCCCCCCCCAAGGUCCGAGACAGGCCACAGCAGUGGUCGCUUUAGCCCCUUUAGUGCGUUGGGAUCAAGAGGAGUGACCCGCCGGAGGUCUACAAGAGGGCCUUACUUCAUUCCCUCGCGCGAGGACCCAUCGGGCACCCCUGAUGCUCCCAAUAACGAGCGGCGACUCCCUGAGCCCAAUCGGGCUUCUUGGCGACGAAGCGCACGCCUCAAUCGCGUGCGCCAUUCGAUAUCGACCCCAAUAUCUCACAUGUUUGGCCAGCCACAUUCUGACAUAUCUCCACCUCAUGAAUAUCCGCCACAUCUGUCAGCAGACCAGCAUCUUAAUGACUUACCGCAAGAAAUGGACACUCGCUUGGACUGGAGAGAAUCAAUUGGGGAUCCAUUACCCGAUAUGGGGGGGAUGGAGCCACCGUCUUUGACUGCAGGCCUGCCCGCUUCCGAUCAACCAAACGCUGGAAUCAUGGGAAUGCGUCGACUCCCUGGCCUCCUCCGUGCGCGAUCAUCUCGGGCAUUGCGACCACAAGAACAGACCCCUCUUUCUCGAGUUCUACAACUCGCGGCAGCUGCCAUUGCUGCUCAACUUUCCGGUACUACAGGCCCUGCUAUGCCGAACAUACAGGCCUUGGGCAAUGACGGAAUUGAGGGCUCGCUUGAGAAUUUCAUCCAGAGCUUACAGCAUGCUACCUCUCCCCAAGGACAACCUUCUCCGGUUGGCGGAGAGGGGCCUAGUAACCCUCCCAGUGAUCGACAAACACCUCCAGUCAAUUUCUUGCGAGUCUUCAGAUUUGCCAAUUCAGAUUCAGCCACUGGCUCUAAUCCCCUUGGGUCAAGCUCGGAGAACUCGGAGAACCUCAGGACCCCAAAUGAGGGGAUAUCUGCAGACGAGCCACCAGAGGGAGGCGAGGGACGACUUGUCACACUGGUUGUAGUGGGUGUUCGAUCCGUCCCAUCGGGUAACGGUGCCAAUAGUGAACAAGGCCCACCAGCCCCCGGUGGUGCAGGUCUCGAUGCUCUCCUCGGGUUGCCAUUCCUCCCACCGAGCCUCCCACGACCCCAGGAUGCUCAAGGUGAUCUAGGACAAGGCACAGAAGGCCAGCCGAGAAUGCAUGCUCCACGUCCUGCAGGCCUCGCCGGGGUCCCACCAUCCAGAGCCCCGGACUUCUUACGCCAAGCAGGUCUUAUUCCUUCACGCAGAAUGUCUGAUGUUGGACAUCAAACUGCGAACCCGGCUUACCCCCCCAUCAGCGCUGUCCGAAAGUCCUCCUGGACCUCAUCCUCCACCCUCCACCCCUGCCGAACAAGGCUUGUCUGCUGUUUCUUCCGGCACUUCAACCCCAAGCCGCAGGCCGUCUCCAUGCAGCCUCCCGCGGGACCGUCUGAGGACUCUGUUCCGUUGAAUGCCGCUCGCCAAAGACGACGAAGUGAUUCCGAAUUCGCCCGUCAUCGAGCUCUUGGGUCAGGCGGGGGCAGAAGUUGGCUCAUCUACGUGGUCGGGACAAACUUAUCCGAGAACCACCCAGCUCUAACGACGCCGAGUCUCUUCACUGAUAACCCCACAUACGAGGACAUGAUUCUGCUAUCGUCUCUUUUGGGGCCAGCCAAGCCUCCUGUCGCAAGUCAAGACGAUGUCAAUUCCGCGGGUGGUCUUUUCCGUCUUGUCGAGUACGGUGGUUCGUUGGUCGCAGAGUCUGUGGAUGGUACGGGUGUCAUUCAGAUCUCAGAUGGAGAGCGCUGCUUAAUCUGUCUGAGUGACUACGAAGUAGCCGAAGAAGUUCGUGAGUUGAACAAAUGCAAACACGUCUUCCAUAGAGACUGCAUUGAUCAGUGGCUUACCACGGGUCGAAACUCAUGCCCUCUCUGUCGGGGCCAAGGCGUCCACGAAACUUCCAAUGGCGACGAGCCAGCAACCUCCGAGCAACCUCCUGCAUUUCCAGGCACAGCCAUCUAA